CCCCCUCCACCCCCAAAUCCACCAAUCCCGCACGCAAAUCCUCUUCCAUCGCUUCCUCCUCCAGAUUCCAACUCCUCCGAGCGGUUGCGGCGAGCGAAGGUUUCUGUUCGGCGAUGUCGGGGCGCGGCAAGGGCGGCAAGGGGCUGGGCAAGGGCGGCGCCAAGCGCCAUCGCAAGGUGCUCCGCGACAACAUCCAGGGCAUCACCAAGCCGGCCAUCCGGAGGCUGGCCAGGAGGGGCGGCGUCAAGCGCAUCUCCGGGCUCAUCUACGAGGAGACCCGCGGCGUGCUCAAGAUCUUCCUCGAGAACGUCAUCCGCGACGCCGUCACGUACACCGAGCACGCGCGCCGCAAGACCGUCACCGCCAUGGACGUCGUCUACGCGCUCAAGCGCCAGGGCCGCACCCUCUACGGCUUCGGCGGCUAGAUCGGUUCCCCCUUCUGGUGGUGAAGGCGCACUACAUGUGUUGGGGGUGUGUGUGUUCUGGUCUAGUGUAGUCAGUACUAUCUGUAUCGAUGCUGUGUCGUGGUGGUUGUACUCUACUCUUCGAGUAGGUGUUCGAGUUUCUAGUCCG